UAGUUCGACCUAUGCAACAACCCUAAUCGCCGACCAUUACAUAAAAAUAAAAAUCAUAGGGAAUUUUGUCUUGGUUAACCUCUCUAGUCUCUUCUCUUCCCCCAACAACCACCAUGUUCGCAACUUCACUCCCUCUAAAACCCUCCUCUUCUUCUUCUUCUCCCUUCCUCACCAACACCACCCUCUUCCCCAAACCCCUCUCUCUUCCCUUCACCCCUCUCCACCACCCGCCACGUGUCCCUCCCCCUCUUUUCUCUCUCCACUCCAACACCCUCCCCCUCCCCCCAAACAGAAAAAAGAAAAAGAAAAAACCCUACGGCGGCGCCCUCCCCUCCCUCCUCCGCACCCUCUCCACCGCCGCCGACCUGGAAACUGCCCUCUCCACCCUCCCCUCCCCUCUCUCCCCCAAAGAAAUCACCGUCCUCCUCAAGGAACAAUCCACGUGGCAACGCGCGGCAAGAAUCUUCGAAUGGUUCAAGUCCCAAACGUGGUACACCCCCAACGCGAUUCACUACAACGUCGUCCUCAGGGCCUUAGGAAAAGCCCAGCAAUGGGACCAGUUACGCCUCUGCUGGCUCGACAUGGCGAAAAACGGAGUCUUGCCCACGAACAACACCUACAGCAUGCUGGUCGACGUGUACGGAAAAGCGGGUCUCGUUCAAGAAGCGCUUCUGUGGAUUCGCCACAUGAGGGUGAGAGGCUUUUUCCCUGACGAGGUUACUAUGUGUACUGUUGUUAAGGUGCUGAAGGAUGUUGGGGAUUUUGAUAGGGCUCAUAGGUUUUACAAAGGGUGGUGCGAGGGAAAGGUUGAGUUGAAUGAUCUUGAAUUAGAGGAUUCUUUAGGGAUUAAUAAUAGUAGUAAUGGGUCUGCAUCAAUGGGGAUUAGUUUCAAGCAGUUUCUCUCCACUGAGUUGUUUAAGAUUGGUGGAAGAGCACCGGUUUCUGGUGAGGCGCGUUCAACGAAUUCGAGUUCGUUGAAUGGACCGCAGAAGCCGCGGCUCUCUAAUACUUAUAAUGUGUUGAUUGAUUUGUAUGGUAAGGCGGGGAGGUUGAGCGAGGCAGCGGAGGUUUUCGCGGAGAUGUUGAAGGCCGGCGUGGCGGUGGAUGUGUGGACUUUUAAUACCAUGAUUUUUGUUUGUGGGAGUCAAGGUGAUUUGGCAGAGGCGGAGGCUUUGCUUGGGAUGAUGGAGGAGAAAGGCGUGGCACCGGAUACCAAGACUUUUAACAUUUUUCUGUCUUUGUAUGCUGAAGCCAGGGAUAUUGGUGCUGCGGUUUUGUGUUACAAGAGGAUUAGGGAGGCUGGGUUGUGUCCGGAUGAGGUGACUUACCGGGCUCUGCUUGGCGUGUUGUGCAGGAAGAAUAUGGUUCGAGAGGUGGAGGAUUUGAUUGAUGAAAUGGAGAGGGCUUUUGUGUCUGUUGAUGAGCAUUGUGUUCCUGGUAUUGUGGAGAUGUAUGUUGGUGAGGGGGAUGUUGAUAAAGCAUUUGACUUGCUGAAGAAGUUUCAAGUGAAUGGGGAGAUGUCAUCGAAUAUUCGUGCUGCGAUUAUGGAUGUUUUUGCUGAGAAAGGACUCUGGGAGGAAGCAGAGGAUGUGUUUUACAGGGGAAGGAACUUGGCAGGGCGGAAAAGGGAUGUUCUAGAGUGCAAUGUCAUGAUCAAAGCUUAUGGCAAAGCAAAACUUUAUGACAAGGCUAUUUCUCUCUUUAAGGGGAUGAAAAAUCACGGGACUUGGCCAAACGAAAGCACGUAUAAUUCCCUUGUUCAAAUGUUAUCUGGUGCUGAUUUAGUGGACCAAGCAAUGGACCUCGUGGAUGAAAUGCAGGAAGUGGGGUUUAAGCCACCUUGUCAAACUUUUUCUGCUGUUAUUGGAUGUUAUGCUCGCCUUGGUCAGCUUUCUGAUGCAGUCAGUGUGUUCAAGGAAAUGGUAAGAACUGGAGUAAAACCAAAUGAGGUAGUGUAUGGAUCUUUAAUAAAUGGAUUUGCCGAACAUGGUAGUCUCGAAGAGGCACUUAAAUACUUCCACAUGAUGGAAGAAUCUGGAUUAUCCUCAAAUUUAGUUGUUUUAACAUCCCUACUAAAGUCUUAUUGUAAGGUUGGAAACUUGGAAGGAGCAAAAGCCAUCUAUGAGCGGAUGAAGAACAUGGAAGGGGGUCUUGACUUAGUUGCAUGUAAUAGUAUGAUUGGUCUCUUUGCAGAUCUUGGCUUGGUAUCUGAAGCCAAGUUGGCUUUUGAAAAUUUGAGAGAAAUGGGCCGGGCUGAUGCAAUUUCAUAUGCAACUAUCAUGUAUCUUUACAAGGGUGUCGGCCUGAUUGACGAGGCCAUUGAGAUUGCAGAGGAGAUGAAACUGUCAGGUUUACUGAGGGAUUGUGUUUCAUAUAAUAAGGUACUGGUGUGUUAUGCUGCCAACGGGCAAUUCUAUGAAUGUGGUGAAUUAAUACAUGAGAUGAUAUCUCAGAAGCUGUUGCCAAAUGAUGGGACUUUUAAAGUGUUAUUCACUAUAUUAAAGAAGGGAGGGAUUCCCACUGAGGCAGUGGCACAGUUAGAGUCAUCUUACCAGGAGGGGAAACCUUAUGCUCGGCAAACAACCUUCACAGCUUUGUACUCUUUAGUUGGUAUGCAUAAUUUGGCACUUGAAUCUGCUCAAACAUUCAUAGAAUCUGAGGUCGAUCUGGACUCCUCUGCCUUUAAUGUGGCAAUCUAUGCAUAUGGUUCAGCUGGAGAUAUCAACAAGGCCUUGAAUAUAUAUAUGAAAAUGCGGGAUGAACAUCUGGGACCUGAUCUUGUAACGUAUAUUUAUUUGGUAGGUUGUUAUGGAAAGGCUGGCAUGGUUGAAGGUGUGAAACGGAUAUAUAGCCAAUUAGAAUAUGGCGAGAUUGAGUCGAAUGAAUCUUUGUUCAAGGCUAUUAUAGAUGCCUAUAAAAUUUGCAACAGGAAGGAUCUUGCCGAGUUAGUUAGCCAAGAGAUGAAAUUCACAUUCAACUCAAAAGAACAUUCUGAAAUUGAAAGUGAAACUGAAUAUGCAACUGGAAGUGAAGCUGAAUAUGAAGUUGGAAGUGAAGAUGAAUAUGAAACUGAAUAUGACUGAUUCUGAUGAAGCUUCUUCAGUUUCAUGUUGAGGUUGUUGAAAUACUGUACAAAGAUGAAUACGAAUGCAGUUUUGUUCAGGAAGAAGGGAUGAUAUAUAUUGGAAGAGCAUUAACCCAAAUUGACAAGAAUUGAGGUCAAUUAUGGCCUGUGAUGUAGAGAUUGGACUAUUUUCAGUCCUUUCUUGUAGGUUCGUACUAAUACUGUGUUUGUACAACAUGCUUAGGGGGAAAUAGCUGAGGGAAGCCAAUUUGAAUGCUUUGAGAUGCUAUGGAAGAUAAAAGUUCCAAGCAAAAUCUCAGUCUUUGCUUGGCGAUUACUUAGAAACAGGCUGCCAACAAGAACAAAUUUACACAGAAGACAGCUGCAGAUCAUCGAUAUGUCUUGCCCUUUCUGCAGAUGUUCAGAGGAGGAUGAAGCCCAUUUAUUCAUUCACUGCAGUAAAAUCCAACCUCUCUGGUGGGAAUCCAUGUCCUGGCUGAAUAUUCAAGGUGCUACCCCACAAACUCCAAGACAGCACUUCCUCCAACAUGGUUCAGGUCUGGACAAGGUCAUAAGGGUAAAUAGGUGGCAAUGUUGGUGGUUGGCCCUGACAUGGUCCAAUGCAGUGUUCAAUGGCAACAAAGUGUUUGAAGACGCAGUUUUUCUUCUCUGGACCUGGCUUAGAAGGUUUAGAGAGGAAUUUUACAAUACAUUUUAAUCAGUGGUCAAGUAACCUUAGGAAUGGUUUUGUUUAGUUGAGGAGUUCACAUAACAAAUCAAUCUUUCAGCCUAUGUUUUCUCAGCCAUUGGUUGGUUCCUAUCAAGACUGUGUUUUAGUCUGAUUCUGGAACCAUCUAUAUGGUCUAAUUCCUUAUGUAUUGUAUGUACCUCUGGUACUUCAUAUGAA